AUGGUCAACAAGACGGUGUCAAGGUUAUGGGAGGAAGUGGAGCUGGAGUACGGGAAACUGCUAGACGAGGUGUCUCGGCGGGACCCCCAGUCUCUAACCGGCAUGACGGGGCUGGACGAGUACUUUGCCAGCUGCCCUGACGCCGCUCAGCAGUUUUAUAUUGAACUGGCUAAAACGCGGCCAGCCGCCCGUGGAGCAAGCUCCAUCAGCUCGAAGUCCUCAGACAGCUCAGACGUGCGAUCUGUCGGCGUCUGA